AUGCAACAGCCGAAGCUGGCCCCACACCUGGCUGUUGACUCCAACGAUAGUGGUCGCGAACUCGUCGGCAAUUGGUUAGUUAGUGAAGUGAGUAUAGCCCUUUUAACUAAACACAAGAUGUGGGAUAUCGGUAAUGCCAUCGAAACGGGUAUUCAAAGCGACCCCAACACUAUGCUUGAGGAUGUACCUAUUACCAGGUCAUGCCAGAGAUCAUUAAAUAGAUGUAAUAAUAAUAAUAAUAAUAAUAAUAAUAAUAAUAAUAAUAAUAAUAAUAAUAAUAAUAAUAAUAAUAAUGAUAAUGAUGAUGAUGAUGAUGAUGAUAAUAAUAAUAAGAUUGAUGAUACUGAUGAGGAAGAGGAGGAAAAGGAUUAUUAUUGUUGUGCUGUUGGUGUCACUGCUGCUGCUGAUGCUGGCGGUGAUGAUAACAUAGUCGCUACUGGAUGA